AUGAAUAAUUUGUUUUCUAUAUUCCUAUUAAUUAUAUAUUUUUCAAUUUCUUCGGGUUUAUAUUUUCAUAUAGCAGAGACAGAAAAAAAAUGUUUUGUAGAGGAGAUUCCUGAUGAAACUCUUGUUACUGGAAAUUACAAGAUACAAUUAUUUGACCCAAAUACUAAACAAUAUGGUGAUUAUCCAAAUAUUGGUAUGCAUGUUGAAGUUAAAGAUCCUGAACAAAAGAUUAUUCUUUCCAAACUUUAUACUUCUGAAGGUAAAUUCAGUUUUUCAUCUCAUACCCCUGGUGAACAUACUAUUUGUUUAAUCUCAAAUUCCACUGCUUGGUUUGGUGGAUCGCAAUUAAGAGUUCACUUGGAUAUUCAAGUUGGUGAUCAUGCUCAAGAUUAUGAACAAAUUGCAGCUAAGGAAAAAUUGAGUGAACUACAAUUAAGAAUUAGACAGCUUCUUGACCAAGUUGAACAAAUCACAAAAGAACAAAAUUAUCAAAGAUAUAGAGAGGAAAGAUUUAGACAAACAUCAGAAUCAACCAAUUCACGUGUUUUAUGGUGGGCCGCUGGUCAAACAGUUGUUCUUUUGGCUGUUGGUGCUUGGCAAAUGAGACAUUUAAAGAAAUUCUUUGAAGUCAAAAAAUUAGUUUAA